GCCACCGACCGAGGGACCCCAUGGCCGGGCUGGGCCGCCCCCCGACGGGCGCGGGCGGCCUUGGCGGAGGCCUCCAGCAGCCCUGGAGGGGGCCCGCCGUCGGACCCCCCAGCUGCUCCGGGGAGGAGGCCAACCCAUUUUCCUUCAAGGAAUUCGUGCGGAGCAAGAACCAGAGUGCUGCCACCGUGCCGGGGGCCAACAGGGGCAGCGAGGUGCCCCUGGGAUUAAGGCCCAGCAGCGGCGCCAGCCCCAAGGAGCCCUCCGGGUUCUCCCUGCUGGACGACAGCUCCUCCUCUCCUCGGUCGCUGGGAUUGACUUUGGACCCUGAAGAGCCGUUUUUCCCAGACCCGACCGUGACAAACUCCUUGCUGGACGACGAAGACGAUGACUGGAGCAGCACGUACCAACCCUCGGUCGUGGAAGAGGCGCACGCGGCCGAGGUCCCCAGCGCCUCGCUCAGCAGCACCUAUGACUCUUUUUACUGCGACUCGUCGGAUGUGUCCAAUCUCCGGCCCUUUUCUCUGUGGCAGCUGGGCCUUCUCAGGAAAGGGGACCAGAGCUCGCCUCGCGAUGGAGCCGCCCCAGGAGAUGGCCUUUCCCCGCCUCUGCAGCUGAGUUACGAAGAACUCAGACAAGAAAAUUCCAAGUUAAGGAAGACAAUCAGCCACAUUCAAGCAGUUUCUGAAAGCCAAGCAGAAAGGGUGAAACAGCUGGAAAGAACGCUAGAAGAGAGCAAGCAGAAGGAAGCCAAAGAGGCCCGCGAUUUGGAGGCCAUGGUUCAGCAGGUGGAAGAGAAUCUCCAGUUAAUGACGAAACGGGCCAUGAAAGCGGAAAGUUGUGCCGUCAAGCUGAAGCAGGAAAACGGCCUCCUUCAGGUUCAGAUGGAAAGCUACAAGAUCGAGAACGAGGCCUUGAGGUCCGGCCAUUUGGCAAACCUGGCUGUAACGAAACAAAACGCAGACGUGGCCUUGCACAACCUUCUUGCCGUCAUCACGAAGUCGAGAUCGUCAAUCAAACAGCUGAUUUCUGGCGCAGAAGAGCUACAGCUGGUGGCAGAACUUCUGAAGUCCAUAGACAAAAUCUCCGAGCUGCCGCGAGAUUCCCUAUGAAAACCACUACAUGGACUCUUGGGCCAAGACCUAUGGAAAGACAUUUUGCUAUUUACGCUUCCACUAACGGCGUCAGAGUCUGCAACACUAGAACGUUACGUCCUGAUCCAGCAUUUUGGACAAUGCAGAGGUGGUCGGAUCGUUUCCCACUUCACUGGGACUGGCUGGUCAUCUGCAUACGACAGGGAUGGACAAAGUCUGGGGGUCAGGUGGCAUAGAUUCCAGUUUAAACUUUCUAGUAGACACUUGAUUUUUCAUGUAUUAUCGGACCUAAAGCAUUGCUACGUGUCUGAAACUACCUUCCCUGUGGAAAAUUUGUCUUGAGUUCACUGCUGUGUGAAGACAGUGGCAAUGGAGGCCUUUUAUCACUUUUGUAUAGCAGAAUAUUAAAGAUUUAACCAUCACUUCCUGAA